UGCUCCCGGCAGCCCCCGCGCGGGCGGCCGCCCCUUCGCCGCCUCCCGCCGGUACCGAGCGGUUCGCGGGGCUCGGCGCUGCCCCCCCACCCCCGCCCGGCCCCGCCGCCGCCGCGCGCCCCGCGGGGCCAUGGACUCCGACUCGUGCGCCUCGCCGUUCGCCCCGGAGGACUUCUCCCCCGCGUCCCGGCGGCACCGCACCGUGGAGGACUUCAACAAGUUCUGCACCUUCGUCCUGGCCUACGCCGGCUACAUCCCGUACCCGCAGGAGGAAACGCCGCUGAGGAAUAGUCCCAGCCCUCCCAACAGCACCGGAGGCACAAUCGACAGCGAUAGCUGGGAUCCCCGGUUCAACGACGUCCCCUCUUCUGUCUCCCUUCCUGCCAAGAACAGAAAGAACUUCAGUCAGCUGAAGCGAGCUAAACCCUAUGGUUCCCUGUUCCAGCGGGCAAAGCCUGGCAGUUUCCUGCCAGAGCGAAAGCAAGUCGAUAAGAUCAGGAAGAAGAAAAAACUGAAGAGAAGGGAAAUGGAGGUGUCUGCGGAGGAAGACUACGAGGAAAAGCUGCUGGAGCUGGAGGCAGAGGACUCUUUUGUAGAGACGCCGAUGAGCCCCUCGUCUGAGGGCGACCCUCAGUCUGUGACGGAGCACAGCUCGGUGUGGGACUCUGACACGCCUUCCAGCGUCUCCUACCCUGCCGUGACGGCCGAGCAGACGGUGGAGAUACAGAGCGUGGGCAAGCGAACGGUCAUUCGUCAGGGCAAGCAGGUCGUCUUUCGGGAUGAGGACGGCACUGGUGAUGACGAGGACAUCAUGGUGGAUUCAGAUGAUGAUUCGUGGGACCUAGUCACUUGCUUCUGCAUGAAGCCUUUUGCCGGGCGGCCAAUGAUCGAGUGUAACGAGUGCCAUACCUGGAUCCACCUCUCGUGCGCCAAGAUCCGCAAGUCCAACGUCCCAGAGGUGUACAUAUGCCAGAAGUGCCGGGACUCCAAGUUUGACAUUCGCCGCUCAAACCGCUCCCGGACGGGCUCGCGCAGGCGCUUUCUGGACUAGGCAAGGGACGCGCGCUGGUGCGCUGCUUGGGCGGGCAGGCGAGCCGUGCAAAGCACAGGCGCCGGCCGGGAGCUGGGGAGAGCUCCCCCGGCCUGCUGCUGCUCGGGCUGAAGGGCCGCCCAGCCUGCCUGCGGCACCGGGGUGAGGUCUCACAAAGCUGUGGACGGCCGGGGCUGGAAGAAGCGGACUGGUCAGAACUGCUGCUGCGUACCGAUUAGCUCAAGGGACAGAUGAAGCUCUCUGGGUUCAGUGGGGUUUUGUCCAGUUACAGCUGUAGGUUGGAUGAUGUUUUGGGAAUGUAUAAUACCUUUGCUACAUAUUUUUUCUCAUCCCAUUGGGAAACUGCAAAACUUCUCUGUGCUAGGAAACUCCUCCUCUGAAGGGGGAGGAGGAGGAAGAGGGAAUCUGUGUGAAGAGUCUGAAAAGUAAAUGGCCACGUGUUUUAAUUUUAA